GAGGAAACGGACACAGAUGUAGAAGUUUGGUGAUGCUGUCUUCCUGUCUGAGGAAGCUCUGUCUUGUCUGUGCGACUGUGACAUACAUGCACUGCGACGUUGCAAAUGUCUCUAGCCCUUACUUUCACUUCUUUCCACGCAGAGCAAAACUUCUAUUUAAAAAUGCAUCGAUUAAUCGCGUCCAUGAAUAUCUGAAAAUACACGCUACAUUGUGUGAUCACGACUUGAGGCCUUGCAUGAACUGAGCGUGAUUUUUAGUCGAUGAUGUAUGCGUGAUCCAGCAAGUGUUAAACUGCACUGAAAACAUGGCUUGUUUUUAUUUUUGCACUGAUUUUCAUGAGGCAGUUUGGUUUGUUUUGGUGCAACAAGAUUGUAGGCGCAGCAGGGAGAAAAGUUGGAAUAUUAUCGAAACAUGUGUUUAUUGGUGUGUUGAAUGUUAGCAGAACAUAAGAUUGAUGGGUGAGUAACAGAAAAUGGCCAUUCGUUUUGUUUUUACACGUUUAACAAGGACCCUUUAAGCAACAGAUCCUUAAAUUGACAGAUAUAUGAAUGGAGUUUGGCGCGUGGAGCUCCUCUUGUGAAAAAGGAUUAUGAACUAUGAAAACAGUAUUCCUUGUUGUCAAAUGUCGCCUCAGGGGGUCUUCAUGACACGAUGCAGCACUUGUUUGCAUGUUAUUAAAUCUAAGUUAGUGGUCGGUGGGGUUCUAUACAGUGUGGAUGUUGUUAUGCAGGCCUCAGCUGUCUGUUCCUGACGCGCACCUUCAACUCCUCACAGUUUUUGGUUGUGGCCUUCCUCAAAGGGUAGUACUGACACCUCACCGCUUGUCUGCGCACUCAAGUUCAGCUUCAUUCACUUUAAUUCACAGAGACUUCAACUGGUGUGAAAAAAGUCACCCUGAAGUGAUGCAUACCUUAAAGACUAUAAAGUAAGAUUUAAAAAAUGGUCUCAAAACUUGUAUUUGAAAAAUAGGGUCUAAGAAGAAAUGAAGGAAAAUGGUUAGGCUUUUUUUCCAGAAAAUUUUAAGGAUUUUGUUGAUGUCUGAAAACACAAGGUAUGUGGAAUUUGCACCCAUUUAUCCUUUAUUAUAGUCUAAUAACUGUUUUAAAGAUUAUUUAUAAUCAUCUCUGUUUGGAGCAUCAGCUACUCCAGUGGUUUCCAGCCUUUUGCCCUUUCUAAGAAAAGCUAAGCCCAACAGGAUCCACUUGAACAACUUACACAUCAAUUUAAUUGUUUUCAUUGAUAAAGUGCUGUCAAGUGUGGUAGUUACACCUCUGACUUCUUCCCAGUUCAUUCCCACAAGACCUUCUGACCGCAGCCCGUCAUCUGAGACCCCUUCUUUUACAGAACAGGAGUGCUAUAAUUUGGGUACAACAUUUUUAAAUUUUUUUUGUUAAAGCUAUGCUAACUAUGUAAUUAACAUUAUUACAUAAGGAAACGUAGCUAAGUUAGCUGCUUUGUGAGCUUGGCUUUAGCUACAUUAACUAUAUAGCUAUGUUACCUACAGAGCUUACAUAGCUGCUUUGGGAGCUUAGCUUUAGCUACGUUAGCUACAGAAUGCUCGUCUCCUGGAUCAAUACAAAGAUCCAGGCAUUUGGUAAUACCUUGGAUGCUGCCCUUGAAUAUGUGUCCGUGGAAUUUGUAGAGCAGUUCAGCUACCUUGGCAGCUUCAUCAAUCCUGGAUCUUGGAAUCUGAGCAUGUGGAUGAAACACCUUCGUCCUCCUGGUCUUACUAUACUCUUGUGAGGCCUGGAUGUUGACUGAUGGCCAGAAGUGCUGACUUGACUCCUAUGUGGCAACUUGUCUUUGGCACAUCAUUGGGUAUCGUUGGCAAAACUGUGGGUCUAAUGCUGAUGUGCUCAGGAGAGCGAGGGUGGAAAGGGUCAGCUGCCUGCAUUUGAACAGGCACCUGCUGCGCUUCCCCUGGCUUGAUACAGCUCCCUGCACACUGGGUGCCCAGGACCUGGUGGGCUGGUCCAGGCACCAGGGGGCGUGAAGGGGAGGAUACCUGGAAAGGUGGGACAUGGAUUUGGUGCAGUCCUGGAUGAUGGCUAUCAGGGGGCCAGAGCAGUACAGAGCAGUGGAUGAAGCUGGAAAUAGGAACAAGAGAGUGGGGAAUGACAUGCAGUGAAAAAGCCACAGAGGUCCAGUGUGCGACGCCUCUCAGCUGCAGCCUGGGCCGCCCCAUUGACCUGGAGAAGGAUGACUACCAGCGGGUGCUCUGCAACAAUGAGCUGUGCCCUUAUGGGAACUGGAUGCACCUGCAGUGUUUCUACGAAUGGGAGAGCUCCAUCCUCGUCCAGUUCAACUGCAUCGGCCGCGCUCGCUCCUGGAAUGAGAAGCAGUGCCGGCAGAACAUGUGGACCAAAAAGGGCUAUGACCUGGCCUUCAGGUUCUGCUCGUGCCGCUGUGGUCAGGGACACCUAAAGAAAGACACUGACUGGUACCAGGUGAAGCGCAUGCAGGAUGAGCGCAAGAAAAAGCCAUCAGAGAGGAGCACAGGGAGGAACGGGUCCAGCGGAGGGGCUACAGGGCCAGGGGAUGGGAUGUUUGAGGAGCCCAAGAAAAGCAAAGCACCAGGAGGAGCAGUAGGAGGUAAACUCCCACACCGAGCCUCGAGUCAGGAAUUACCUCGCAGACAAUCAGUGGAUCGUCAGAACUCCACAGAGAGAGGAGCAGCAGGAGGAGCUGCGGCAGUGGGACCCUUUUGUCUGGGGCCUCCUCUGAAGUCUCCCUGUGACUCUCCUGGACAGUCUCCUCCAGCUGGCUUCCCUCUCUCCCCAACUGCUCCCCCUGGAUCAGGAGGGGGAGCAGGGAUGCGAGGUUCCCGUCCGCUGGGAGAGUUCCUCAAAUCAGCCGUCCACAUGGACCCGCAGAGGAAGCACCUGCUGGUCGGGGGAGCUCUCAGUCGUGGAGGUGGCUGCUCGAUGGGAACCUCAGGUGGUGGAUCUCACCUAGACCCCGGGUCUGUUCUCCCCUUGCCGCUCUCCUUUGCACUCCCACUCCACCAUCGUCUCACGUCUGGCAGUGUGGCCGACGGGACCCACUCCCACCCGGUGCAGUUCCUGAGGAGGCUGGACCUCUCGGAGCUCCUCACCCACAUCCCCAGACACAAACUCAACACCUACCAUGUCCGCAUGGAGGACGACGCCCAGGCAGGCCAGGGGGAGGAGCUGCGCAGGUUCAUCCUGUCGGCGCUCAGUGCAAGUCAGAGAAACGUGGUGAACUGUGCGCUGUGUCACAGAGCACUACCCGUGUUCGAGCAGUUCCCUCUGGUGGACGGGACUCUGUUUCUAAGCCCUUCACGCCAUGACGAGAUUGAGUACGAUGUCCCCUGCCACCUUCAAGGCAGGUUAAUGCACCUGUACGCCAUCUGUGUGGACUGUUUAGAGGGCGUCCACAAGAUCGUCUGCAUCAAAUGCAAGUCACGCUGGGACGGGAGCUGGCAUCAGCUGGGCACCAUGUACACCUAUGAUAUACUGGCUGCUUCACCAUGCUGCCAGGCUCGUCUCAACUGUAAACACUGCGGAAAGCCGGUGGUGGACGUCCGAGUCGGGAUGCAGUAUUUCUCCGAGUACAGUAACGUCCAGCAGUGCCCUCACUGUGGCAACCUGGACUAUCACUUUGUUAAACCUUUCUCCUCCUACAAAGUCCUUGAGGCUUAUUGACAAAUGCUUCUCAUGCAUGUUAGUUAAGCUGCUUUUGUUUAAUUUUGUUUUCUAACACAAUCUAGGAGAGAUUUUAUUUUUGGGGGCCUUAAGGUGCUUUUUGGUUUUUAAGUUCUCACUCAUUUGAUUUUUUUUUUUUUUUUAAUGUAUAGGAAAAGUAUGACUGUACCGUAGUACAAAAGCUCCAUGGCAGUAUCUCUGCUGUUAGAGAAAGGUGUUGAUAAAGUGUGGAAGUGACACGUAAUGUCAAACAAACACGUUUAUCUGUGACAAGUGAAUGUAUCUGUACGCCAAAUUUGCUUUUAUUUUUGUUUUUUACCAAAACAUAAAGAGGAAUCUUGAAUAAAGCAGAGAAAGAUAAACAUUUGAGUUUGUUUUCAUUCAGUCUAAAGUAAAUCACUGCUCCAUCUUAAGCUCUUUAUAUAGUGCCUAAAAAAGUAUUCAUCCUCUUGGAUGUUUUACCCUUCAUUGAUUUUAUAAAUCAGUCGUGGUCAUGGCCCUAAAAACGUGUUAAGUAAAAUAAGUGAUUGCAUAAAUAUUCACCCCCUUUAAAGUGACUGACCUAAUUCAGCAGAGGUCCAGCCAACUGGUGCUAGUAGUCUCACAAUUAGUCAAAUAGGUAUCACCUGAACACAGUGAAUGUGUCUCAGGUGGCUGUAGCAUUAAGAAACCUAGGUCCAUUCACUGGUUAAUCAGUAUUCCUGGUUACCAUUACACCAUGAAGAUAGAAGAACACCCCAAGCAACUCAGAGAAAAUGUUAUUAAAAAGUUUAAGUCAGGGGAUGGAAACAAAAUCAUUUCCAAGGCAAAACAAAUCAUAUAGAAUAUGACUGAUUUAUAAAAUCAAUAAAAGGGUAAAACACUUUUAUAGGCACUGUAAAUCAAACUUCACCAGAAAAGGGCCUGUCCAACAGGGAUUCAAACCAGGAAUCACAUAGCCCUACAGAAGAAGGUGAAUAAGGACUUUUACAUCAAAGGAGAAUGCCUCUAUUGGCUGUUCAGUCUUAAUCUACACAGUAUUUGUUAAAUUUUUCCACAUCUUGUUGUUACUGCUUUAGUGAACCAUGUAUGAGUGUUAAGCAGAUAAAAUAGAAUGAACAAAGAAGCUUCUCAAGUAAUUUGCCAACAUUUCUGUGCUUGUAUAGUUCAAGUCCCCUGCCUGAUGAGAUCUGCUAAGAUUUUGCUUAUAUUGUGUUCAUGAAAUUCACUUGAAAAAAACUAGUUUUAGGUAAGUUUAAGUCGUUGUUUGACUAAAAUUAUAUAGCAAUUAGCUUCCCUGUCAU